UAACGCGUUUUUUUUUUAAUAUGAUAAAGGUCAUUGAAGUGUAUAACAAUACAGAGAAUGCACUUGAAUUGCUAUCGAACAUAAGACACAUGAUGUUACAGAUCAUACAAGCAGUUUCUUCAGCUUCAGCAGCUUCACUUACAGUAGAACCUGAUUUAGUUUCUCUUCAAAAAGCACGUAAAGAAUAUGAACAACUGAUGAGUUCUUUUAAAUCAACAGUGGACUGGUUACAACACAAUCAACUGAGAUCAGAAGACUUGGAGGCUCAAUCUCCAGACUAUGAAGCCGAUAUAAAACAACAAGCAAAACUGGAAGAGGAAUCAAUGCGUGUCAAUGACCAGUUAAAGCGUUUACUUAAUCAAUCUUAUGCCUUACAAUUCCAAAUAGAAAUGCUCUUUAACUCAUCUCAAGAUGUUAGUUUGAGUUAAAUGUUAUUACUCCAUUGUGUCAACAGAAUAGUUUGAGCCUAAACAAUCAGGUUCAGAUGUAAUUGAGUAUUAUUUUAUUUUUAUGGUGCUGUCCAA